AUGUCGCUUUCCACUACCAUCAAGACCCCCAACGUCACUUAUGAGCAGCCUCUUGGCUUGUUCAUCAACAACGAGUUCGUCAAGAGCGUUGACGGCAAGACCUUCGAGACCGUGAACCCUACCGACGAGAAGGUCAUCACCUCUGUCUACGAGGCUACCGAGAAGGAUGUCGACAUCGCUGUCAAGGCCGCCCGUGAGGCCCUCGAGGGUGCCUGGAAAAAGGUGACCCCUUCGGACCGUGGCCGCAUGCUCACCAAGCUGGCCGAUCUCUUUGAGCGUGAUAUGGAGAUUCUGGCUUCCAUUGAGGCCCUCGAUAACGGCAAGGCUGUCACCAUGGCUAAGGUCGACAUCGCCAAUGCUGCCGGUUGCCUGCGCUACUACGGUGGUUGGGCUGAUAAGAUCACCGGUCAGACCAUUGACACCAACCCAGAGACCCUUUCUUACACCCGCCACGAGCCCGUCGGUGUUUGUGGCCAGAUUAUUCCCUGGAACUUCCCCCUUCUCAUGUGGUCCUGGAAGGUCGGUCCUGCCGUCGCUACCGGUAACACUGUGAUUAUCAAGACCGCCGAGCAGACUCCUCUGUCUGGCUGGCUUCCCCCUGGUGUCGUCAACGUCAUCUCCGGCUUCGGCCGUACUGCCGGAGCUGCCAUCUCCAGCCACAUGGACAUUGACAAGGUUGCCUUCACCGGUUCCACCCUUGUCGGCCGUAUGAUUCUGCAGGCCGCCGCCAAGUCCAACUUGAAGAAGGUCACUCUCGAGCUGGGUGGCAAGUCCCCCAACAUUGUCUUCGAGGACGCCGAUAUUGACAAUGCCAUCUCAUGGGCCAACUUUGGUAUCUUCUUCAACCACGGCCAGUGCUGCUGCGCUGGUUCUCGCCUGCUGGUCCAGGAGAGCAUCCACGACAAGUUCGUCGCCCGCUUCAAGGAGCGUGCCGCUCAGAACAAGCUUGGCAACCCCUUCGAGGGUGACACCUUCCAGGGUCCCCAGGUUUCCCAGCUCCAGUUCGACCGCAUCAUGGAGUACAUUAACCACGGCAAGAAGGAGGGCGCCACCGUCGCCCUGGGUGGUGAGCGCCACGGCACUGAGGGCUACUUCAUCCAGCCUACUGUCUUCACCGACGUUACCCCCGACAUGAAGAUUGCCCAGGAGGAGAUCUUCGGUCCCGUUAUUACCGUCACCAAGUUCAAGGAUGAGGCCGAUGCCAUCCGCAUUGGCAACAGCACCGAAUACGGUCUUGCUGCUGCUGUUCACACCAAGAACGUCAACACUGCCAUCCGCGUGUCCAAUGCUCUCAAGGCUGGUACCGUGUGGAUCAACAGCUACAACCUGAUCUCCUACCAGGCUCCCUUCGGUGGCUACAAGACUUCCGGUCUCGGCCGUGAGCUUGGCUCCUACGCCCUGGACAACUACACCCAGGUUAAGACGGUGCACUACCGCCUGGGUGAUGCUCUGUUCUAA